CACAUGCCCCGUUGCGUGUCAACCACAAGAAUGGCGGCUCCCGAAGUCAGAGCUGGCGGCUACUUCCCAAUCCGUCCGAGCUGAUAGGGUCAUAGGGUCCUUCGGGCUAGUUCACAAGCUUCCGAGCUCCCACAUAGCUGCUGCUGCCGCCGCCGCCGCCGCCGCGACGGCCUCGUCUGCCUCAAUCAUCAUCAGGAUUCAGGAGGUACAAGCAACGCAAACUGCAGGUUAUCUUGCCAAUGUUGUCCCAGUAAGAACAGUUCUAGCCUGAUUCAAAAGGUGAAUAUGGCAGAAGCUUUAAUCGUAGUGGUUCUUCAAAAGAUUACCCUGGCACUUGGAGCAGAGGGAAUCAAAACACUUGCUUCUAACUUCAAGAAGCAAGCACCUGACCUACUAGAAGUUACCAGUAGAAUAAGGCUACUUCAAAGUGAUUUUUCAAUGAUGCAAGCAUUCCUAAGUCAAGCAGAUGUUCGCAGGUCCAAUGAUAAGGUACUGGAGGCCUGGAUAGAACAGGUGAGGCAAGCAGCCCAUGAAGCUGAGGACGUCGUUGAUGAGUACACUUAUCAUGUUGGACAAAUGGAAGGGACAAACAGUUUCCUGAAGAAAGCUCUGAACCAAGCAGCAGAAAUUAAGAGAUGGCGGAAGCUUGCAGCUCAGGCUAAAUUAGUAGAGGAUCGUCUUCAAAAGAUUACAGAAACCAAGAAUAGGUUUGAUGUCUCAUUUGCAAGUGGCAGAAUAGACAAUACGUCGAGCUAUUCCGGUAAUCACCAACAUCUGUCUGAAUAUUCAUGUCUGAAUGGUGAUGUUGAUUUUGUGGGGAAUGUUACAGAGUUAAAGCAGCUAACAGACUGGUUGUCAGACGAUAAAAAAGGUCAUAGUAUAAUCUCGAUAUGUGGAAUGGGAGGGUUGGGUAAGACAACUCUUGCUGGUAGCAUCUACAAGAAGGAAGAGAUUAAAAGAAUGUUUGCCUGCUGUGCAUGGAUAUCGGUCUCUCAAAGUUACAGGGUCAAAGACCUCCUCAAAAGAAUCCUACUGCAGCUUAUGCCAAAAAAUGUGAACAUUCCAGAGGGGUUUGACACUAUGGAUUGUCUGAAUCUAGUGCAACUGCUUCAGAGAUAUCUACAUGACAAGAGAUACCUGAUUGUGUUAGAUGAUUUGUGGAGUAGGGAUGCUUGGAAGUUUCUAGCUAAUGCAUUUGUUAAGAACAACAGUGGGAGCCGAAUAGUUAUCACAACUCGGAUCGAAACUGUCGCAUCUUUAGCGGAUGUGGAUUGCGAAAUGAAGCUUAGACUUCUGCCCAAGGAAGAAGCAUGGACCCUUUUCUGUCGAAAGGCUUUCUCGAGAUUAGAAGACCGAAGCUGCCCCCUCAAUCUCAAGGCCUGUGCUGAAAGAAUUGUGGAGAAGUGCCAGGGUUUGCCGCUCGCUCUUGUUGCUAUUGGGAGCCUCUUGUCCUACAAAGAAAUAGAGGAGCAUGAGUGGGACUUGUUCUAUAGCCAACUUAGGUGGCAGUUGGAUAACAACCCGGAGCUGAGCUGGGUUGCUAGCAUUCUGAAUCUCAGUUACAACGAUCUCCCUGGUUACUUGAAGAAUUGCUUUCUUUACUGUUGCCUGUUCCCUGAAGAUUAUGAAAUAGGAAGAAAGCGAUUAAUCAGAUUGUUGAUAGCUGAAGGACUUGUUGAGGAUAGAGGGCCUGAGUCGACCCUAACAGAUGUUGCUUCAUGUUACCUGAAGGAACUUGCUAACCGUUCACUGAUCCAGGUUGUCGCAAGGAACGAAUACGGAAGACCGAAGAAGUUCCAGAUGCAUGACCUUGUGAGAGAAAUAUCAUUGAACAUAUCCAAGAAGGAAAAAUUUGCUACUACAUGGGACUGCCCUAACUCACGCGGUAUUUCCGAUGGAUGUCGUCGCAUCUCCAUACAAAAGGAUGGUACUUUAACACAAGCAGCGCAAAGCUCAGGACAGCUCAGGUCCAUUUUUGUGUUUGUAGUAGAAGUGUCACCGUCUUGGUUCAGAGAAUGUUACCCAUGCUUCCGAUUGCUAAGGGUACUGUGUCUGAGACACUGCAAUAUUAAGAAAGUGCCUGAUGCUAUGUCUGAUUUGUUUAACUUGCACUACCUAGACUUGGGACAUGCAAAUUUACAGGAGAUACCGAGAUUUAUCGGGAAGCUUAGCAAUCUCCAAACAUUGUAUCUGAGUGGUUCUGUAUUGGAGCUACCAAGCAGCAUCACAAUGCUAACAAAGCUUCAGCACCUCCUUAUAGACGUUGGACGGUUUGGGAAGUCAGCGAGUAAGAAAAUAAGUCACCUGGAAUAUUUGCAGACUCUGAGAAGUAUAGAAGCCAACAACUUCCUAGUUAAAAACCUUGCAUGCUUGACUAGGAUGAGAAGCCUUGGUGUCAUGAAGGUGCUAGGAUCCCACAACGCAGAUCUGUGGGCUUCGAUCAGCAAGAUGGCAGCUCUAAAUUCCUUGGCCGUGCUUGCAGCAGACCGUGAAAGUUCUAUCCUUGAUCUAGUGGGCUUGAAACCGUUACCACAACUGGAGAAGCUCAUGAUAAGUGGCAGGCUGCAUGAAGGAGCUAUUCCUCCCAUAUUUUGUCACUUUCCCAAACUGAGAAGCUUAAGGCUUUGCUAUUCCGGACUUAAUGAAGACCCACUUGCUCUGUUUGCUGACAUGUUUCGUAAUCUAGGCCAUCUUAACCUUUACCGGUGCUACAAUGGGAAAAAACUGACAUUCCAGGCCAGCUGGUUCGUCGAGCUCAAACACCUGUACUUGAGCUCCAUGAAUGAGCUCAAGGAGGUUGAGGUUGAGGAUGGCUCCAUGAAAAACUUGCAUCGGCUGGAGUUAUGGGGUCUGAAAAGUUUGACAUCUGUGCCGGAAGGCUUUGUGUACCUUAGGUCAGUGCAGCAGUUAUGCAUCGGUUCGAUGAUGCCUGAAGAGUUCCACAAGAGGUUAGUGGGAGCUGAUCAAUGGAUUGUUCAACACAUCCCCUACAUUGGAGAGCCGUGAUCGAGAUGACAUCCUCACAAGCAUAUUAUCUUCCACUUCCAGUCUACCUGUUUCAGAAAGAGAAGGGGAAAAAAGGACGAGAACACGUAGAUGUGCUAUAGGGUCGAUUUGCUGAAGGAAGCUACAUUUGAUGAACUGAGUGAACAUUCUGGCUCGAGCGAGAAGUUACAAAUCAGGCAUUAACAGCUAGCUGUAAAGAUUGCAACUCUUUAGAUUUGCAUCCUUAAAACUGGAGAUAUGAUUCCUUUUGUUAUCUCUCCGUGGCAUUCUUUUCCUGAACAGGCAAAACCGUAAUGUGUUUCUUUCAUUUGGACAGCAUCAAAUUAAAAGAGUGAUGUACGUUACACUUGACAGAUUCGGAUCCAAACCAUUGAUGAUAAUAUUAAGGAUGAGUAUAUA